UUCUAAGAAAUCAAACUCUUAAGCCUUAACCAUCCACUCAGCCACUUCUCCCUCACUCUCCAACCAUGGAGACUGGUGUUACCAGCUACGCCGGCAGCGCCAUCCCCCACACCGUUCUCUCUCGCAGUCGCACCACCACCCAGUCCUGGUUUCCAUUGCAGCAACGUUCAAACAGAAAAAGUAGCCUUAAAUCUGCUACCUUCUUCGGUGAACCAUUAAGAGCGGAAUCCAAGUCCAUUUCAAGAACAACAAGUAGGAACUCAUUCACAACAAAGUGUGAGAUUGGAGACAGCUUAGAAGAGUUUUUGAACAAAGCAACACCUGAUAAGAACCUCAUAAGACUGCUGGUUUGCAUGGGAGAAGCCUUGAGGACUAUCUCCUUCAAGGUGAAGACAGCUUCCUGUGGUGGGACGGCAUGUGUGAAUACCUUUGGUGAUGAGCAACUUGCAGUCGAUGUGCUUGCUGACAAGCUCCUUUUUGAGUCUUUGAGGUAUUCCCAUGUUUGUAAGUAUGCUUGCUCUGAAGAACUUCCUGAGUUGCAAGACAUGGAGGGGCCAGCUGAAGGUGGUUUCAGUGUGGCUUUUGAUCCCCUCGACGGUUCUAGCAUCGUCGACACCAACUUUACAGUGGGCACGAUCUUUGGCGUCUGGCCUGGAGAUAAACUUACAGGCGUGACAGGAAGAGACCAAGUUGCCGCCGCCAUGGGCAUUUAUGGACCUCGAACAACUUAUGUUAUUGCUGUCAAAGACAUUCCUGGAACUCAUGAGUUCCUUCUCCUUGAUGAAGGUAAGUGGCAGCAUGUGAAGGACACCACAACAAUUGGUGAGGGAAAGAUGUUCUCUCCAGGAAAUCUAAGAGCUACAUUUGAUAAUCCAGACUAUGAUAAGUUGAUCAACUACUAUGUUAGAGCAAAGUAUACACUGCGCUACACUGGUGGAAUGGUUCCAGAUGUUAACCAGAUCAUAGUCAAGGAGAAGGGUAUCUUCACAAAUGUUACAUCUCCAAGUGCUAAAGCUAAGCUGAGGCUUUUAUUUGAAGUGGCACCUUUGGGAUUUCUGAUAGAGAAAGCUGGAGGACACAGUAGUGAUGGCUUUCAAUCUGUGCUUGAUAAGGUGAUCAACACCCUUGAUGAGAGGACCCAGGUUGCUUAUGGAUCCAAGAAUGAGAUCAUUAGAUUUGAGGAAACUUUGUACGGUUCUUCGAGGCUCAAAGCCGGCGAGCCUGUUGGAGCAGCUGUCUAAAAAGCUGAACUUAUAGUGACUUCCAUGGCUCUACAUAUCAGCAUUUACUUUACUUGAUAUGUAGUUUCUGAAACUUAAGCCAUAUUCAUAUUGUCUAUUUAAGGAAUCUAUAUCUAUAACAUUUCUAUCUUCAAGCAAUUAUAAUAAAUCUGUUUGAAGUGAUUUAAA